CCUAUGCUAGCUAAGUGUGACCGGAUGGCUACCGCAUAGAAACACUACUUCACCACGACGGACAGCCAUUGUUUUUAAUCGAGUAUUUUCGCCGCUUUUUUAUAUUUUGGUCAACAACGUAAACAAACCUAAUUUUAAAGUCUUAUGGAGAAGGUAGAGGCUGUUUAUGUGCCCAACGUGGAUGCCUACCGGCGGCUGCUGAACAAGGCGGUGUCACAGCUGCUACAGGACAAGGGCGCCGGCCAGGCAAGCAACCAGUGCCUGGAGACGCUCACCCAGAUGCUGCAAGCGCUUAUCGUGGAGAUCGGGAACUCGGCGCACAACUACUGCGAGCUAAGCGGACGCACAAUGCCCACCGUGGGCGAUGUAAGCCUGGCCCUCAUUAACAUGGGCAUUACGGUCAGCAGCCUGGAUCCAUAUAUGCGGAGGGAGGUCUAUGCGCCAAUACCCCUGCCACCGCAACAGACCCAGCAGCGUCAGCUAAGCCUGCUCCAAGCUGGCAGCAAGUCCUCGCAUCCACACUACGUGCCCAGCUACUUCCCGUCAAUGCCGGAUCCGCAUGCCUACAUAAGAACGCCCACGCAUAAGCAGCCGGUGACGGAAUAUGAGGCGAUCCGUGAGAAGGCCGCCUGCCAGAAGCGGGACAUCGAGAAGGCGCUCACCAAGUUCCUGUGCAAGACCACGGAAACGAACAAUCUCUUUCCCACCGAGGACAACAUGUUUCCAUUGAUUGCCUGCAAGCCCGCAUUCCCGCCCUACGCUGCCGCCUUGAAUCCCACGGAUCAGGUGUUUGACUUUGAGGAACUGGAAUACCAUUACCUGGUGGCCAAUCGCACAGAGGAUGCGCCCAGCAAAGACGGCGAAGAGGGCGACAGUGACAAUGAGGAGCUGGACGGCGACAAGUCCAAGGAGGAGAAGCCCGAACUGGAGAUCAAACCCAACUCAACCACGAAUAAGGCAAUACUGGAGAAUCCUAAUAUCGACAAUCCCUACUUGCGGGCUGCCACAUUGCCCAAGCGAUCCAAGACUGGACCCACUCCUGGGAUUAUGACGGGCAGGAGUUUGGCCACUGCAGCGCCAACGAUAACCACGCCUUCCACUUUAGACAUAACCAAAAAUAGCGUCUAGAUGUAGCAUGUAAUUAUAGAAUAUCUUUGGAUGCCAAGGGCAACUUUUGUCCGUUCAUAAACUACUUAAUUGAAAGCCUUUCAGUCUCCUGCACGCUUACCACAAUCAGGAUGUUGAAUCAGAACAAACGAAUUAUGCGCUUCGAAAGUAUUGUCCCCUCAUGUUAGCCAUCAAUUAGGGACGCAGUGCAUUUUGCCAACUUUGUUAUAUUAAAUUAAAUGGAAAGCAUUCGGCCUUUGCCUUUGGCUCGAACUUGUGCCCACACUCUGCUGACAUUUACCGCCGAAACAAAGCACCAACUCUG